AUGGAGAUUGAGGAUCCAAUAUCCGUUGACCUAAGUCUUGAGAACUCCACUAUUGCAACUUCUUCAUCAUAUGUCGCCUCUUUUACUACCGGUGACAACAUUGAGGGCACGGCUAUUAUUCGCUCGCGUGCGAACGAGCACGGCAUGACGAUGCGUAUCGCCAACUCCUCAACAUAUGUCACUCAGUGA